GCCAGACGUCGUAAUGAGGACACGGAAACAAACUAAGAAGGAACAGAAACAGACUAUCUCUCCUGUGAAGAAAUCUACCACCAAGGGGUUGAGAACUGGCACCCGGCCUCGGCGUUGCCCCUCCUGCAGUUUCACAUCAAACUGCAAGGAGGAGCUGUUAGACCAUGUCCGUGACCUGCACCCCAGCCUCCCCAUACUGCACUGUUCCCUGUGCGAGUACAGCACCUGGCACAAGGGAAACAUGAAACAACAUGACCAGAUGCACUCGCAGGAUUCAGUCUUGAGUUGCGAGAAGUGUAGCUACACAACGACAAGACAGUUUGCGUACAAGAUGCAUCUUAAGUACCACCACUCCUCGGAAAGGCCCUUUAAGUGUCAGACCUGCAGGAAGGCGUUUGCGGCAAAGUCUGUCUUGAGGAACCACCUGAAGGUGCACUCGGACGAUCGCCCCUUUAAGUGCCCAACCUGCGAAUACUCCGCCAGGACUAAAGGCAGCCUUGUUGCUCACAUAUCGCGUCAUAAAAAGGAGAAACCAUUCCUGUGUGCUGAGUGUGGGUACCGCUCCUUCCUGAAGACUGAGAUGGAGAAACACAUGCGCAUCCACACAGGGCUACACCCUUACAAGUGUGACCAGUGUGACUACACUGCUGUACAGAAAAUCUGCCUGGAGGUCCACAUGACCAAACACACCGGCCACCUUCCCUUCAUCUGCGGGGAAUGUGGUCACCGCUCCGCCAUGAAGUCCAACCUCGUGGUCCACAUGCGUACCCACACCGGCAUUAAACCAUUUAAGUGCCCUCACUGCAAGGAAUACUCGGGAGCAAGCAACCAAAGUCUGCGACGUCACAUCGCUUACCUACACCUGGGUGUAACUCCUGUAGUCUGCAUGGGCUGCAGUUAUGAGCCAAAACACAAGGGGGCACUGAGGAAGCAUCACAGCGAAGGGGAGGGCCAUGAGAAUUACAGGUGUAAAGUGUGUGGGAAGGAGCCGGUUGUGUAUAGGAAUGUGCUGACCCAUCUGGCUCAACAUGUGGAUGUGGAGACGGCCACUGUGGUUACAUAG